CUCACUUGCCCUUGCUGCCCUCGACCCUAGUCCUUCCCAUCCAUUCUCUGUCUCUCUUUUUGAUCCAUGUAGGCCAGGGCAUCGUAGCACCCCGGUCGUCACUUGCCAUCAACCCCCGAAAUCCGGUACCUGCCCGUUCGUGGGUGCUGUAUUUCCUAUAUCUGACCUUGAGGCUCGGAAUAGCUUCACACUUAGCCCCUCUCUUAUUCUCUCUUCACCUCGGUGUCCCUCUUCGUGCUCCGUCGUCCAUCGUCUGAAUCUUCGUUUGUGCCAUCGCUGUGGCCGUCUCGUCCACCUUGUUCGCCAUUCUCAUCGUAGCCUGCAUAUCUGCACAAAUCCUUGUCGUCUCAGUUGUAGCUUGUCAGUCAGAUUCAGCCUGUCCAAUAGUUACUCGGCCAUUCUGCCCCGCGACCUCGAAACCCCAUACACUUACCGAUCGAUCUAUUCUAUCAUACGUAUUCAAUUAAUACUACCACGCGAUCUGCUCGAGCGAAAUCUCGAGAGAGAAAAAACAUCUUACGACAUAUUCGAUUUUGCGACUUCGAUCUUGACGGCCUUUUCGCAUCAGGCGAUAUCGAGGAGCUCAUACAACACUUCCGGUGUGAUACGCACAGCACUCGAUAGCUGAGUGGGCAGACUUCCUCACAGAGUAUCACCUUACCGAAUAUCCUUUGCUUUCCACAAAACUCGUUGUUUUGCCGCCAGCUUGAUCAUCUGCGGCAUCUUCUACCUGAGCUCGGAAGCCUCCGCCGCCCUUACCUCUCGCAACUACUGCCGGACGACACUCUGUCAACAAUCUGAACCGACAGAGGUCGUCCAUGAUCUUGUGAUCUCCCAAAUACUUCCACUGUAACAUGGUGCCCAGCAUUGUCCAAUCUGACGGCAUGGACCAAAUGGAAAUCCCCUUUCCAGCACAUCGUGAGCGCCAGGAAGGCUCUCCUCCCCCUUUUCAAGAUCCUCUGGCUCUUCUUCGCAGUCUUCCUGAGCCUCCGCUAGAAUGUCAAGUAUGUGUCGUUGGCGCAGGACCUGCCGGUCUGAUGUUGGCCGCAAACCUGACCAGAUUCGGCAUCAACGUUGAGGUAAUCGAUGAUCGAGCCGAUCAGACGCCCGUGGGAAGAGCCGAUGGCCUUCAGCCAAAGACGAUCGAAACAUUCCGGCAAAUGCGACUAUCAGAUACUUUGCUAAAACAAGGUGUUCGUGUCUUCGAUAUCGCAUUCUGGCGUAGCACUGCGGACGAACCUCUUCGUCGACUUGGUCGCGAAGUCCAUUAUCCCCCUAUUAUCGAUGUUCUCGACCCCUAUAUUCUUUUGGUCCAUCAAGGUAUGGUCGAAGGGCUGUUCCUUGAGGAUAUGAAAAAGCGUGGCAAGGAGGUCCGUCGAAACAUGGCUUUUGAGUCGUACAGCGUCCCCGACAACAAGACCGGCCCCCUCCAAGUCAACUGUCGUGCCAAUGUCAAUCAAGACAAGCGCUCGGUCCUGACUCAAUACCUGAUUGGAUGUGACGGCGCACACUCCAAGGUUCGCAAAAGUAUUCCCGAUGUCAAGGCUGUCGGCAUGUCUCAGGCUGCCAUUUGGGGCGUUCUUGACGGUGAACUGAUUACCGACUUCCCCGAUAUUUGGUCCAAGACGCUCGUCUACUCACAGGAGCACGGUUCAAUUCUCAUCAUUCCUCGAGAGAGGAAUAUGACUCGUUUCUAUAUUGAGCUGAAGGCCGGUGCCAAAUUUGAUCGCCGCGAUCUGGGUCAGGAGUUCAUGAUGAAGCGCGCGAAGAAGAUUAUGGCACCGUUCCGCUUGGACUGGAAGUACGUUGAGUGGUUCGGCCGUUAUCAGGUUGGCCAGAGGGUUGCUAGUCGCUUCACUGAUGGCCAUUUGAGGGCAUUCCUGGCUGGUGACGCCAGCCACACUCACUCUCCCAAGUCUGCGCAGGGUAUGAACACCUCAAUGCACGACUCAUGGAAUUUAUCGUGGAAGCUGAACCUUGCGGUUCGAGGCUUGGCCAAGCCAAAUCUUCUCGAGAGUUACGAGGAAGAACGACGCAAGAUUGCCUUGGACUUGGUUAACUUUGACUAUGAGCACGCGAACCAAAUUGCUGGUGGCGACGCCAUUGCACUCGCUGAGAACUUUAGGACCAACGUUCGCUUCAUUUCCGGAAUUGGUGCUGAAUAUGGCGAGAAUGCCAUCAACAGGCCAGGAAUUGGAAACAACCAUUUUGUAAUGGGAGACGCCAAGCCAGGAUGCCUUCUGCCUCCCGCCAAGGUGACUCGAUAUAUCGACUCCAACCCUGUGGAUAUCCAACUCGACAUACCUAUGCUCGGCCAGUUCCGAAUUUACCUUCUUAUGUGGGAUGUUCAACAAUCAGCACCGUUUCUGCAGACAUUCUGCCAUGCUAUUGCAGGCACAGACUCCUUUAUUAGCCGUCUAUCUGCUGCAGCUAGCGCAUCUUAUGCUUCUCAACCUCGAGCACCAGCUCCUGAGGAUGUUUACUCCCGACCUGAGCGAUACACCGUUGUCAGCCACCUCUUCACUUUUGGUCUUAUCACCACCAUGCCCAAGACGGAAAUUGAAAUCUCAGAUCUCCCACCUCUUCUGCAAGACAGCCGUUGGACCUUCUACCUCGACGACAUUCCCGAUCAGGACACCCGUGGCUCCCUGUGCACUAACAAAUGGCUCGGCAGCCUGGGACCUGGCGAGGUAGCCAUCGUUAACGUUCGUCCCGAUGGUUAUGUCGGCUCGAUAGGUCGCUGGGACUCAAGCCUUGAUGAGUCUGGUGUUCAGGCAGCUCGAUGGCUCGAUGAAUAUUAUGACGGAUUCAUGAAAAUUCCAACGCAGUAAGCUCAGAUGGGGUCAUGAGUUAAUAUAAAGGACUUGCCAAAGCCCACGCAACCCUAAAACUUACCCAUACUCUAUCUAAAAUUCUUCGAAAGCCAUCUGGGGGACAAGAGAUCCCUUUGCACAUUGGCAUUUCCGAAUUCUUAUAUCCAGGAGUACGGAGUAGUUGACAAUAUUUGUCAUCCCUGAUGCAAACUCCUACAGCACCCUGCUUGGGGCUGCAUCACCAUUGAGAAGGAAUAAGCAAGACGAGCCAUUGUGGCCCGAUCAACCACCACUCACAGAAGGAGGAGGGACCAGGAAGGCAUAUUUAGAGACAGACGCUAUUGUCGGCAAUAGAAGAGGGCCACCGCCACAGUAAGAUCGAUCGCUAGAUGGACGUAAUCUUGCUCAUGUUGCACACAUUUGGUAGUUGGUCACUACUCAUAUCACGCAAUCUAUUUUAUUUAUCAAAUUGCAUUUGUUUAUUAUGAUCAUUUAUUAUUAGCAUCAUGUUUUAUCGCCGUACGUACGACUUCACAUGUUCUCUUCUUAUCAGCACUGAAUGGGCAGGGUGGGAUAACUGUUCUACAUCUAGCACUCAACCAUUUUGAGACUACCAAUAACAUAAAUCAUGUGUGGCAUAGUGAAAAUGACGACACGAAAAUAUAGGAUGAGUAAGAUACAUGCAGCGAAAUAUAAUGAAGGUUCCGAUGUUUUUGAAAUUCAUGACACUCAGCUGAGCCCAACAGCCUGACUACUACCCUUAUUAUGCUAGCAGAUAUGCAAUCUACAUCAAUAUCCCAUGUUCCAUCUUCGAUUCUUCCUUGUUCGCUUUUCCUUUAUUAUUGUUGGGUAGGCAUGGAAACAUCAGCCUUUUUGGCAACGGCAUCAGCACUCUGCCAUAGAGCUGUUACUGUCUUAAGCUGAGUGUAGAAGUUGAUGCCAGGCUUUCCGUAGAAUGUGCUGGCACCACCACCAGCAAUAGACUUCUUGUUACCAGUGAAAGAGAACAUAGGCAGGGGGACAGGGAUAGGGACAUUGAUGCCCACCUGACCAGCCUCAAUGUUCUUGCGGAAGGUCUCGGCAGUAGCACCAGACCUGGUGAAGAUAGCAGUACCAUUACCAUACUCGUUCUUAUUAACAAGGUCGAUAGCGUCAUCAAUGGACUCUGCGUUGAGGCAGACAAGGACCGGGCCAAAGACCUCCUCCUUGUAACAGGUCAUGUCAGGUGUGACAUUGGUGAUGAUGGUAGGGCCAACCCAGUUACCGUUAGGGUACUUGCUGGGCUUGUAGCCACGGCCAUCGAGAAGAAUAGUAGCGCCCUCCUUCUCGGCAGACUCAAUGAGCUUCUCGAUACGCUCCUUGCUCUGCGGGGAGAUCACGGGGCCGAGAUCGGCGCCAUCCUCAAAGCCACCAUUGACGUUGAGAUGCUUGGCUUGCUCGGCGACCUCGUUGAGCCACUCCUUGGUCUCGCCAACCAUAACAAGAGUGCUCAAAGCCAUACAGCGCUGACCGGCAGCACCGAAAGCGGCACCAGUAAUGGAAUUGAUGAACUGGUUCUUGUUGGCAUCGGGCGAGACUACGGCGUGGUUCUUGGCGCCCAGGUUGGCCUGAACACGCUUGCCGUUAGCGGAACCACGGCUGAAGAUGUACUCGCCGGCCUUGUUACCACCAACGAAGCUGAUCGCUUUGAUAGCAGGCUCAUCGAGGAUGAAGUCGACGGUGCGGUGGGCGCCGUGAAUAAUGUUGACAACACCCUCAGGGAAGCCAGCCUUCUGGACAAGCUCAGCAAUGAUCAUGGCAGCACCGGGGUCACGCUCAGAAGGCUUAAGGAUGAGGGUGUUUCCAGUGAUGGUGGCAAUAGGGAUGCACCAAAGGGGAAUCAUGGCAGGGAAGUCUACACAUGAAUUAGUUAAAGUAUGAUGCUAGCGACUUGCCGAUUACUCACUGAAAGGGCAGAUAGCAGCAGUGACACCUAGGGGCUCACGGUAGGUUCGGGUCUCCAUGUCCUUGGAGACUUCAAGGACCUCGCCCUUGAGAAGCUCCGGGGCGGCGAUAGCAGCUUCAGCGACUUGAAGGCCACGAAGGACAUCACCCUUGGCAUCAGCAAAGGUCUUGCCUUGCUCGAGAGUAAUACUAGCAGCGAGGCGGUCCCAGUUCUCACGAAUAAGCUGGACAAAUCGGAACAUGAUCUGCUGUCGAGAGAUGACAGUAGUGUUCUUCCAUGACUUAAAGGCCUUCUCGGCGCUUGCAACAGCAGCCUUCAUCUCAGCGUCGGUCAUCUGAGGGACGCGAGUAACGAGCUCGUUGGUAGCGGGAUCAUGUAAGUCGAUGUACUUAUCGGUCGAGGACGAAACAAACUUGUUGUCGAUGAAGUAAGGGGUAUCGACCACCUCGACCUUUGCGUGGGUGGUAGGAUAACUGCUGGCGGUUGAGGCCAAGGCAGCCGUCACGGGCUGUAGCUGCUUGCUUGUCGCAUGAAUGCGCCUGGCAGCGACGUGGGAUGCGCCGCUUGUGAUGUUAGAUGAGGCGAGGAGAGAGGAUCGAGAGAGAGCGGGAGUAGAUCGGCUGGAAGCACCCAAGCCGCGAGAGAUUGCACGACGCAUGAUGGCGACGAAAGAUGACAGUAUAGUCUCUGAGGCUCAAAUACGUUGUGUGUAAGUGAGAGGGACGAUAACUGGGAGAGGGAGGCGAGAGCGAGAGCAAGAACAAUUGACCCCGAUAACUUCCAAUGAAGCAACAAACAGGACAGAAUUCAAGAGGCCAUGGGUUUUCUAGACUUUUAUACUGAGGAACUGUCCCGGCUAUGUCAACGGUGCGGAGGCAAUUGGAGGGGCGUUCCUCUGAGGAGGUCACCACUUACAAGCACCAAAGACGAGUCAGUGCGGGGCGGCAGGAGCAACUCAUGAUAAGCUAGCAACCUCCCCCAAGAGCAGGGCUAGCAUUUCUGGAAAGUCUAAGUGUGGGGUAAUUGCCGAGCGAGCUCCGGCUUGUCCGCUGGUUACCGUCAAUGCCGAUGGAUACCACGGUCUGAGGUUUGUCUCCCAAUUCAAGUCUCCUACUGGCUGAGAUUGCCGGCUAGAAACUAGAUCUCUCACUUCGUUUGUUCGUCUCCUUUCGCCUGCCUAAUUGGGAAACAUAUCUAUCUCAACUUCUCAAGUGACCGGCUCUCUAUCUAUGGACGUCGGGGUCACCUUCCAUGAUUCUCCAACGUAAAUGGAUGUCUAUGGAGGGCGUUCGUCUUCUCAAUAUCGAUCUAAACUGAUACUAGACGCCCUUAUCUGUGAAUGCACGCC